AGAGUGGAACUCUAGCCCAAUCACCCGGCACCGGACAACAAAAGCUUAGCAUCAGACUGUUAAGGGUAUUCUAAGCCGUUCUCUUCCCAUCUCAGGAACAGCAGUUCUCUGUUUUGAGAAAACAGCCAUAAUGGUGAAUGUUCCCAAGACAAAGAAAAAAUACUGUAAGAGCAAGGGGUGCCGAAAGCACACUUGGCAUAAGGUCACACAAUACAAGAAAGGCAAGGAUAGCCUUGCUGCACAAGGUAAAAGGCGUUAUGAUCGCAAGCAGUCAGGGUAUGGAGGGCAGACAAAACCUGUUUUCCACAAGAAGGCCAAAACCACUAAGAAGAUUGUUCUGAGGUUGCAAUGUCAAGGUUGUAAGCACGUGUCUCAGCAUCCGAUUAAGAGAUGCAAGCAUUUUGAGAUUGGUGGAGAUAAGAAGGGGAAGGGGACUUCUCUGUUCUAAAUGCUAUUUGUGGAUAUGUUUUGGUUGUGUUUCACUGUUAAGACCUUUGAACUAGGCAAAUCAAGAAUUUUUGGUCACUUUUUUUUGUGGGUUUCUUUUGUUGUCAUUUCUAGACAUCUACUAUUGGUUUAUGAUAGUUAUUUACAAUUAA